AUGUAUGGAGAAGCGGCCAAUAAAUUAGUGCAAAACGCGAAGCGCACUCUUGCCCUCCCCCAUCUUCCGCCCUAUGCCUCGGAGCUCACGCGCUCCAUAGUCCGCGAAGUGCGCGACCUCGACAAAGACGUUUCGUCGAUCCUCGCUCCCUACAGCGGCUCCUUCAACCCCAGCGCAUCGCCUGAAACAGCCUGCGCUCUCCUUGUAAACCACUUGUGUAUGCGCCGGAACAAGCGGUGUCUACUCGCCUACCACCGUGUGCGGAGCGACAAGCUGGAGGAAUACUGCUGGGAGGGUAUCGAUGUGCUGGAGCAACAGGGCAGCAAGGACCAUAGUGGAGAAGGAGGGAGGGGAAAUGGUAUGGGUGCCGGAGGCGGAAAAGAAGAGAGCAGUCUGAGUCCAGAAGAGGAAGAAUACGUGAGGCAGUACAGCGAUCUGCUUGCUGCGUACAAGGGGCAAUGGACCGACAUCGACCUGACGGGGAGUCUGGAGCCGCCUCGCGAUCUCUUCAUCGACGUUCGCGUCCUAAAAGAUGCGGGCGAGAUACAGACGGAAUACGGGUCCAUAACCCUGACCAAGAACUCGCAAUUCUACGUCCGGCAUGGCGACGUUGAACGCCUCAUCACGCAAGGAUACCUCCAACGUCUAAGCUAA